ACUUUUUCCCAGACUUUCUCACAAUAUUAGGGAAAAAGCCUAGAAACAGAAAGGUCAAAAUUAAGCCAAUUCUCGAAAACCAGAUGAGAUGUAGUUUAUCCCUAAAGAUCUUUUAAGUAGGCUGUAGGCUACCCAUUCAACAGAGAACAGUACUUGAGCCAGGAAGGAGUGUUUUGAAUAAACUGAAUAGGAGCCUGGAGAGAUACAAACAACAGAGCCCAACCCACUUGUAGGCUGCUAUGCGACGCAUGUUGCAAAAGGCCACAUGUAACUAAAUCACCAACACUAAAGGGUGUUCGGGCGCGGUGAGCAAUCGUCUCUUUACCAGCUUUCUUUAUUUUCCGUUGUACAUUUUGAUCUAUUUUAUUCACGGAGAAAUCCACCUGUUGUUCCGAGGGAGGGGUCAGUGAUGUCACCUGAAGCUGGGGGAUGGGACGCUAGUGCCGCUGGUUAUUCCCUGUGAGGAAAGUUGUUCGCCGUGCCAUUAGGCCUGCUCACGAUUUAACAAGCGGAUACCGUGGACCAAAAAACAUUAGCGCAACGAUCGUAUACAAUUACAGAUAAUGUCGAUAAGUUUCUACGCCACGCAGAAGUCUGGACGCUUUGUAUUUUCUGGAUAUAUUGAGUUUUAAAACGGAAAGUGUCCGUCGCUUCCGCGACAGGAUUGGGAGCACAAGAUGGGAAAUAUGAUAUUGGUGGCACUUCUUCUGGCUCACCUGCCCAAAGAGCUGUUCGCCAUACAGGUGAUCGUUACCGAAACAGAGAGGACUACGUUUCUCUUCGGGUCGGUAAUCCUCCGCUGUGACUAUUCCACCUCGGCCAACGCUCAAGACGUCCUGGUUACCUGGAGGUAUAAGUCUUUCUGUAAAGACCCUGUGCUGGAGUACUACUCUACGGUCUACCAGGCGGCUCUGAGCCUUGGGCAGGACCCAGCCAACGACUGCCCGGACCGGCAGCGCACGCUGCGCACGGUGGUCCAGAAGAGGGGCACCAAUGAGGCCAUGCUGGGCGCGGAGUACCGCGAGCGCAAGAUUACCAUUCUAAACAAGGCAGACCUGGCCAUUACCGAGGUCAUGUGGUGGGAUAACGGCAUGUACUUCUGCACUAUUGACGCGCCUGGCGACACUGUCGGGGACUCUGAUCGGGAAAUCAAACUCAUCGUCUACCACUGGCUGACGGUCCUGUUCAUCAUCCUGGGGGCUCUCCUGCUCCUCCUGUUACUGGGCGUCUGCUGCUGCCAGUGCUGCCCGCAGAAGUGCUGCUGCUACAUCCGCUGUCCCUGCUGCCCACGCACCUGCUGCUGCCCAGAGAAAGCGGUGAUGCAGCAUAGGAUGAUCCGUGAUGUCCAGAAGGGCAUGGCUCCAUGGAUGCACGGACAGCCCAUGUACGCCCCCGUCAGCUCCAACGUCUCCUCCCAUGGCCAGCCCGUGCUGUACUCAAACUCGUUUUCAGAAUAUCCGACCAAGCAGAAUUUCGCCAUGGCCCCGAUCGGGAUGCAGCCGAUGCCCCUCUUCCAGCAGCCCCCUCCUCCAGAGCACCACGGUUACCACGGCAGCGACGGCAUGCACGGCGGCCACCAGGACCCCAACCAGAUGUUGGACUUCCUGGAGCACCAGGUGAGGGGCAUGGACGUCCCCGUGAUGGUGGCUCCGCAGCCCAUGCAGCACCUGCCCCAGGCCGGACCCCGCCGGCAGCCGACCCAUCCUCCUCCCCACGCGGUGCCCUUCUCGUCGGGUCCCCCCAGCAUGCUGUCCGCCCUGGACGAGAUGGGUGUCAGAGGGGUGGAGAGAAGGGUGAUCACCCUGCCGCCCAUUGUCCAGCACCCGCCCAGCCGCCGGGGGCCCGGGGCCGGGGAGGAGGUCAGGGGAGGCCACCGGGUCUCUAGCCAGUCCAGCGGGAGCUCACAGCGCGCGGGAGGCGGCGGCGGCGGCGGCAUCCAGGCAGGAGGGAGUCGCCCCCGCCGGGACGGCCGUGGUGUGUACAGGGAGCCCUCGCCCCCACGCAGGGGGAUCCUGAGGGGCUACAGCGACGACUCGGACUGGGAGAGCAGUCGAGGAGGAGGGGGGGGAGGAGGGGCAAGAGGAGGAGGAGGAGGAGGAGGAGGAGGGAGGAGCAGAGCGUCCAGGCCGAGAACCCGCAGUCGUGAUGAUCUGAUGGAGGAAAUGCGCCACGCGGUGCCGCGUAGGGAGCGGAGCUACUCGCCGCCGAGUCGCAGGGGGUCCUGGAGCUCGGACGAGGACCUCCGCGGACGGGUGGGCAAAGGGAAGCUGUGGCCAGAGAAGCCCCCGAGCUACUCCUCCAUCGAGAGCCAGCCGGGACAGAACAGCGGCCGGAAGCACUACGACCGCUUCUCCGAUAGAAGCUCACGUAGUGGCAUCAGCGUAGUGAUCUGAAGCUUAUCUUUGUUUUGAAAAAAAAGAUGACAUUGAGACAGACUGCAGGUACAUUGAAGUUUUUGUUUGUUUGGAAAAAUUCUUUCUGUAAAUGUUAUUGUAAUUUUUUUUUUACUGCGUUCAUUAUGAAGUUUUUUUUAAUUUCUGUUUUUGUAUAAGCUGUCAAUACUCAUGACACCUGUAAAGUGGUUCCAACUUCCAAUGCCAGUCAGUGAUGUUAGAACUGUUAACGACAUGUAUAAUGUGGUUGCAUUAAUGUAAAAUUGUAUUUGUACAUAGCUUUGUUGGCUUUAAUGUUAAAUGUGUAUGAUCUGCUUUUGGUAUUUUUUAAUGAAGGCACAAAUUGGUGCUUUUUAUCUGAAGUAAUCGUUGUCUCCAGCAUAUUGUCAUUGUAAUUUCUAAAAUAGCUUUAGUGACCAAAUGUGAGUACUUCAUAACUGCACACUGUCAUGAUUUCUAUAUUAUCCUUUAAUCCUCUUCAGGCGUAUUGGUCUGAAAUUUUUUUGAUUGUAACUCCAAACACAGGUACUUAAAUAUUUUUUGUCUGAAUACUUGUUAUUGUAAAUGUAACUUUUAUGCAUGUUCAAUAAAUAUCAUCAUUUUUAAUAAAUUUGUGUUGA